CGGUAAUGCAACUACAAACUGGCUGCCGAACCCUCAAGCAACCUUAAAGAAGAUAAAGCAGGAGGAGUAGAGGAAUUAACCUGCUAGCUGCCUUUCCACGUACAAAGUAAACCGUAACUCUGCCGCUGAGCUGUAAGAUGUCAGAGGGAAUCACUGAAGGUUCUUCUUCGGUCGAUGCCUCGUUGUCACUUUCUACCUUAUCUUGGUCUCUUUUGCUCUUUGUGAGUUUGCUGCCUACCACACAGGCAUCAAGUUGUGUGAGGCCAUUCUCCGUUCUGCAUGGCCGAGUGAACGUGACCGAGACAAACAGAGGCUCAUUGCCUGUGGGCACUGUGCUGCAGUACACGUGCGAUUUGGGCUACACUGUGGACGGACCCAGCAUUGUUGUCUGUACCAGAGAGGGGCUGUGGUCCUCUGGCCCACCACGCUGCCUCCACAAUAACUACUGUCCCCCGCUAUUGGAUCUGGAGAACGGGGGUUACACUUGCCACCCAUCUCCAUGCCAUCGCCUGACCCAUGGCACAAUGGUGGAGUUUUUCUGUAAUGAGGGGUACACACUUAGGGGAGAUAACAAAUACCUUACCUGCCAAAAGGGAGAAUGGAAUCAUCCUGUGGAGGUCAGCUGUGUCCUCAGUCAAGGUUGCGUGAGACCAUUCUCCAUCCAGCAUGGAGAUGUAAAUGUGACCGAAACAAACAGAGGCUCGUUGCCUGUGGGCACUGUGCUGCAGUACAGCUGUGAUUCGGGCUACACUGUGGAUGGGCCCAGCGUCGUCGUCUGUACCAGAGAGGGGCUCUGGUCCUUGGACCCACCACGCUGCCUCCACAAUAACUUGUGCAGACCUCCAUUUAAACCAAAGAACGGUGAUUAUAACUGCCAUCCCUCUACAUGCCAUGAUCUCAGCGAUGGCACUGUGGUGGAGUAUUUCUGUCACGAGGGCUACACACUAAAGGGAGACUACAAAUAUAUUACCUGCCAAAACGGAGAAUGGAACAGUCCUACGCAGCUCAGCUGUGUGUUUAGUCAAGAAACACACACAGCUCCUGUGUUGGGAAUGAACACGCUGUCCAUCGUGGCCACCACAGCCAGCUGCGUGGCACUUGUCCUCCUCCUAAUGGUGGUGCUCGUUUUACUGCAGCCCAAACUGAAGGCUUUUCAUCAUGGACGGCGUGAUCAGGAACACUCCGGGCAGCCGGUGACCAUCAUGGUGGAGGGUGUACAAGUUACCUUGCCAUCCUACGAGGAGGCUGUGUCAGGAGCUGGGGGUGCAGUUUUGUCUCGACUCCUACCCCAAACACAACUAGAGUCUUUGGAGCAUGUGUUAACCCAGGCCUCAACAACACACACUGAGCUCACGGAGACCUCAGCGAUACAUCAGCCGUCUUCCUCAUCUUCGUACUCAUCUUCCUGGAGUUUGGAUGGAGCACAGGGAGCUACAGCAGUAUCCUCAGGAUUUCAGUGCCAGAAUCCGGACUUGAGUCACCAAAACAGUUUAGUGUCUUUACAUGGCUCUGAGCAGAACCUCGCUGAUGACAUUCCCUUAUUAAAGGAAUCCUGAGAGAUUCUGUCGCAGCCUGUUGCCGAGGCCACAAAGACUGCAGCUGCACACGCCUGCCUGCUGUGAUCUGACUUUCAGCUGUUUCUCUGCAACACACAGCCCAUCUCAGGUGAUACUGUAUUCGACCGAUCUGAUGCCCAGCGUGAGCCACCAGUUCUGUCCAGUUAAAAACUUGCUAAUUAUUUACACAUAUAUGACACACACACACUCCUUCACAGCUUCGGUUUCCUCUGUGUCCUUGGACAUGUAGCAAAGACACAACACUGUAUAGUGAGCAAAUGUUUAAUUAAAAAAAAAAUCUCUUUUUUGUAAGUAAACACAUUGCUCUGAAAUAAAGAACAGAUGCCCCACAGCUUUCACACACCCGGACACACUCACACAACCAUGGUACCACUUGACUUGUUAUUGAUGCAUUCAGACUUGUGCUAGCACUAAGUGGUUGUUUGUUUCCUCCUUUUUGUUUAAGAUUGGAGAAUUGAAAGCAUCGUCACACUCAUUGCUAAUUUUUUUAUCAAUGAAAAUUAUUUUAUGGUAUGCACCCUGAUACACUUUAACAAGGGCUAUUUCUACCCUCAUAGUUGGUUUUAUUCCCUAUUUAUUUGUCACUGCCAAGCAGUAUUUAAAACAAAAAAAAGUUAGCAUGUUUAUUAAAAAAAUGACCCAAGAUUAAAUUAUGAGGCAUGUGACUUAGUUUUUAAGAAGCGUUAGUGUAGGAUUGAAGUGGUCCGUGAUGUAUGGAGUUAAAAAAAAAAAAAGCAUGGGUUAGCUCUGGAAGCAUAAACACACUGUAGGCCCUUCAGUAGCACACCGAUUCAUCUCCAAGUUUUUCAUCCACGCAGCGAGGCUCCAUUUCCUUAGGGAUUGGCUGAAUUUUAGAUUUUCACAAUAUAUCUUGAAGCUUGAGCAAAUGUACUUGCUUUGACAGUAUUGCAGGCUCAUUAACGUUUUCUUUUGUUCAUAUGUUAAUGUGCAUUGAUGUGCAUUAGUACAUUUUUUUAAAUGACUUUAAAUAUGAGUGCUAUUGAUUAGCAUUGUAAAAUUAAUUUUUAAAUUAUGUAAAGCAGGCAAGUUCAUAACCUUGCUUUAAUGAAGAUCAUCCUGAUAUCAUUGCUGGAGCAAACUCUGGAUAAUUUUAUGCCAGUUGAUUUAUUUAAUACCAAAACAAUGAUGUCAUGUAUUGUAUAAUAUCUGUUUUUCAUUUUGUAACCAGAAUAAAGUUACUUGCCAAGCAUAGGAGUUUUAAAAAGAAAAAAAAUAAUUUAUCUCUGCAUUGUAAAUAAGUGUUCCUGAUUAAAAAUCAUUUCACCUACGAAAAAA